AUGGGGCUGACGAGCCCUGUGAGCCUUCCCUUUGUGACUCUUUUUUCCUGUCCCCUAGGUGCCCCUGGGGGGGCGGAGGAUCAGCUGGAGCUGGGAGAGAAGGGUGCACCAGGGAGCCCUGGCUACCCUGGGAAAGUUGGCCCCAAAGGCCCCAAAGGCUCCCAGGGCCCUUCAGGCCCCACGGGUCUUCCUGGGCCCAAGGGUGAAUCUGGGGACUUCAAGGCCACUGCCAAAUCGGCCUUCUCAGCUGCCCGGACCAUCAGCAUGCUGCCGCGGCGGGAGCAGCCCGUCCGCUUCGACCGCGUCAUCGCCAACGAGAACGGGCACUACGAGAACCGGUACGGCCGCUUCACCUGCCAGGUCCCGGGGCUCUACUACUUCACCUACCACGUCACCUCCCGGGGCAGCUUGUGCCUCCACAUCAAGAGGGGCAAGGACACCAAGGGGGAGAAGGUGGUGACCUUCUGCGACUACGUGCACAACGUCUACCAAGUCACCACCGGGGGCGUGGUGCUGCAGGUCCAGCAGGGGGAGUCUGUGUGGCUGGAGCCCACCGAGAAGAACUCCCUGGUGGGCAUCGAGGGGGCUGACAGCAUCUUCUCUGGGUUCCUGCUCUUCCCUGACCCCUAGCAGCCUGGGGCGGGCUCCCUGCUCCGCGCUCCCAAAUGCGGCGGUGGGCACACACCUCUCCCCUUGCGAAGCAAAGCGCCUUCCCCGCGGCAGGGCCAGUGGGCACGAGCCCUUGGCACGCCUCUGCACAAGCUGCCUUCUCCCCACGCUGCCAACCGCCCACUCCAGUGCAGCGCCAGCUUCCGCCCUGCCCUGCGCAGCCCCUGGAACAAGGGAGGCCCGGUGCCGGGAGGCCUGUUCCGUGUCCCUCAGUCCUGGCCUGGGCUCGUGCCUGACACACACUGCCCGCUCCCGCUCGCAUGCCAAGAGCCCCUUGUCCCCAGAGGCCCCUGGGCACAACAGCCCCUGCCCCCCAGGGCUGGACCCCCUGUCUUAGCCGGUACACCCCCCCCAUGUCAGAGCAGCCCCCGCUUUGACCUUCAAAUGGAGAAAUGGCCCCUGGGUGGGCCCAUCCUCUUGGGUCUGGGUGACUGCACUAGGACGUAGCUUCACCCCUGGAGGUGCAAGAGCAGCUGCCUCUCCGUGGGCCAGCCUGGAGCUUUCACAGAGCUUCUCUUGCCAGCAAGGUGGGACUUGAGCCUUCUGAGAGGAGCCCACAGCCCGGCUCAGAGCAGUGACUGGCCGGGGAAUCCCAGGCAAGUGUAUAGCAGCGGGGCUCGUCCCGCAUUAACUCCGCGGCGAAUAGCGGGGGCCCUGACAGAAAACCCUUGGGGGUCAGUAGCAGGGGUCAGUAGCAGUGCCCUCUGUGCGCUCUGGCCCCCGGCCGGCUUCCUGCAGCAUUCGUGCUGUGGGGCUCGUGGGCUCAGGCCGAAGGUCCCGUCCCCAGCCCCCACCCCGGGAGAUGAUCCAUCUGGAACAAUCCAAGAUCUGCGCUCUCCAUUCCAGCCCACUCAGAGUUGCUGAACUAGCCAGAGCCUGACACCCUGCGGCUGCCCUGCUGCAGCCUGUGGCCGGGAGGAGGCGUCCAGGAAGGACACCUACAUCCUAGCCAGCCCCCUCUAGAUACUCACUUCUCCGCGCCAGCAGCUGCUUGCUCUGCCUUGGGGCUGGUGCCCACGUGAUCUCAGAUUGCACCUGGGACCUGCAGAGCAGAGAGCCAAUAAACACGACGUCUAUCGAC